CGUUUGGCGGCCAUUUUGUCUUUGCAGCGGAGAAAGUUAGCAGUCUAUGUCCGCGUUCUUUGAAGCAACUUGCUGUAAAGUUGCUAUUCAAGACAAGCUUUUACACUGAGAUAUAGACCUGUAAUACUGCCAUGGCGGAUGCCACGGCCAGAUCCUUACAGUAUGAAUAUAAAGCGGUAAGUUUAGCACUUUUCUAGCUCUCGAUCUUUUUUCAGCUAGCACGUGUUAGCUUAAUUAACCCUUCCUGAUUAUAUAAGCUAACGUUGCUGUAGUUUUUGAUCGAAUUUUACAUAGUUAAGCAUCUUUUUAGUUGAUGUACUUAUAGGUCGUUCCUACUUGUUUACCGUGACCUCAGGCAAAUGCGCACUUUUGAGCACUGUUUUACAUUUAUAAUUUCAUGUAUAAUUUACGGUAAAAAACUUAGCUUCGAGCUUGUGGUACCAGGUUCGAAUUAGUUUUUUCCGCAAAUAGUAAUAUUAUUAUUAAAAUGACCGUAACUCCAAGGAGUUAUUUUUACUUGGGACUCAUCUGAAGUCUUGCGGUUUACUUGAAUCAUAGGCCUAUCAAAAUAACUGUUUCUCCUGGUAACCACUUGAGCCUGGUCAUCACCAGGGUAUCUGAUCACUUUGUUCCCUGAUCAGAUCCUUUCAAGCCAGGUUGGCAUGGCACAGAUAGACAAAUUAUGGUUAUAAGUUUAAAAUGGAUUGGAAUUGUGGCUUUUGAAAACUUGUUAGCCUAACAAUUUUUCACAGUUUAUUUUUGUUAUUCACUUCUUUUACAUAAACCAUAAUGCACCUUGUUCCCCCCCACCAACCCCGCUCCAGACUUUGCAUAACCAUUAUUUCCAAUUUCUCCGGGUUAUAACAGUCACCCCAAGAGAAAUCCAAUACAAUGGUCAGGCAAAAUGUUUGAGGGUGUAUUAUGGUCUAUGUGAAAUGGUUAAUUUGUAACAUUUGAUAAAAUGCUUGGAAGACACUUUUGUUUGACACCGAACUGCAAUUCUGUUAUUUACAAGUGGUUUCUUUACUAACGUCAAGUUUGACAUAGCGAAUAAGGACGUGUUGUCGGCAAUUUUGAAAAUUUGAACUAGACAGCCGUGAUACGGCCCCUUUGAAAUGACCAGGUAUUCUGUAGGUAGAGCUGCAAGUUAAUAUAAUUGUACAGUCAUUGCACUGUAAAGCGUAAUCAAUACUCUUGUAUUAAUGCUAUUGUUAUUUAGAACUCCAAUCUUGUGUUGCAAGCUGAUCGCUCACUUAUUGAGCGCCGUGGUCGUGAUGAAGCAACAGGAGAGGUUAUGUCACUGGUGGGACACAUUGGAGGAAUCAAAAUGGGUGACAAGUAUCAGAGAACUAAGCCUCCUGUUUCAGAAGAGAAUAAAGCCAAGUUAGUAGUUGCUAUGUUGUACACUGUAGUCAGCAAUGUUGAAUUCAACAUUACUGGUUUUACUGUUUGGUAACUACAACAUGAUUAUAAGUUUGUUAUACCGAUACUCAGGGUCUUGAAAAUAGACAUACAUAAAGUCUGGAAAAAUAGUAAAAGUCUGGAGUUUUUCUUUUUCAAUGCUACAACAAGUGCUUAAUAAGUGAGUUUUUUUCCCCAUGGUCAAAUCCCAUUCAAUCUUGCCAUAUAGAAGACAUUUAAUCACAGAAUGAGAAGUCUCUUAAUUCUCUUAUGUAUUCAUUGCACUGUGGUUACCGUAUGUUUGAAGUGCAGCAUGAAAAAAGCUUGGUUCCUGUGUUUUUCAAGAUCUCUAUUGCUUACCUAUUUGUUAACCUUGAGUCUGGAAAAAUAAAGUAUUGUUUUUGGUAAAAGUCUGGAAAAAGUCUUGACUUUUGGAUCCAAAAAUCUGUAUGAACCCUGAAUACAGCUCCUUGCCACCACCCCCACCUCUGCUACAGCAGUAAAACUGGCCCAUAUGUUUGAACUUCGUCCUUACUACAUGUAGGAUACGAAUAGGUGUUGUUAUUUUAAUAGUUGUUUGGGUUGGGGGCUGGAGAUAAAUUUUGCUUGGCUGUUACGAAUCAUUGGCUCAGCAACUUUGGUAAAAACAGGAGUUGUUGACAACACAAGAAUAAAUUAGACAAGAACAUUCAUAAUGUUCCAGCGGUUUCUUCACAAUAAUUCUCUUCCUAAUAUCAGUUUUGCUGUGAAGUUAUUUGUUAUUUGUUUUUUUUAGACGACAAAAGUUGGCUGAGCGAGAAGAGUUUACCAAGGGUAAAACAAGUGGCAGCCUCUUGUCAGAAGAUGCAUCAGAUUUAGCAGGAGUGCGAUACCGACCAAAAACCAGAGAAACAAAGUCCACUUAUGAAGUUCUACUUAGUUUUAUCCAGGCUGCCAUUGGAGAUCAGGUAUCUUCACUUUGUGUUGUUGGCAUAUUGCAUUCAUGUUUUCAAAGUCUUGUCACACUGUAUAUGAAAUCCUUUAGAGUGUUUCAACCAAUGACUUUAACUUGGUGCCCAAUUUUGCCUCAUUUCCUUGAAUUCCAGUGUAAACAAACUAAACAGAUACACAUAUAUAUGGAUAAACUAUGUUUUUGAUUUUUUGUUUUGCCCAGCCACGUGAUAUUUUAUGUGGGGCCGCUGAUGAAGUUCUAGCAGCUUUGAAAGAUGACAAGAUGAAGGUAAUGUGUAGGCACAAGUCUUUUGAAGAAAAUGACUGAAUAUUUUUUUACCCGAUUGUGUGUUUUUAGUUUUGUUAUUCCUUUUUAAAGUCACUUAUAUGCCUUUACUUUGCUGCUGUAAAUGCAAUGUUUGCAAAUUAUUUGUGAAAGGGGCCAUGUGUUUGGUGUUCUCUUUACUCUCAAUAACGACUAAGCUCAGAAAUCUUGAGCAACAAUUUUUUUGGCUUAAAAAGUGUACUAAUCCAUUAUCUUUUAUUAAGGUUUUCAGACACCAACCUUGCAGGGAAUUCAGUUGGUCAUAAUAAGAUUGAACAAACUCUGUUUUAACUGUUGUGUUUUAUUCAUUUUGAAACCAACAUUUAUGAGUUUGACUAUUAUUAUUAUUAUAAUGUUAUUAUUAUCAAAGUGGAAAUGAUCCUCGCAGUUGAAUAAAUAAUUGAAAAAAAAAGUGGCUGAAAAAGAACCCAAACAAAUUCAGGCUUGACUGGGAAUUAAACCCUGGCCUUUAUGAUGACCGGAUGCAAUGCUCUAUCCAUUAAGCUAAUCAAGCCAACUGGAAAGGAGGCCAUUAUGAGUUUUUCAACUGCUUAGGUUGUUUAUCCAACUGUGAGGAUCAUUUCCACUUUCAUAUCUUUAUCAGCAGUUCAAAAUAUGAGUCAUUCCAUAUAUUUCCGUUCAAUAUUGUUAUUACUGUUACUAUAUUGUAUGCUUGGACACUUUGAUUUUUUGUCAUGAUUUGGAUAUGUAAGUGUUUGCGACUUAAACUGGGUUAACCAAUGCUCCUAGGACAAAGAACGUCAAAAGGAGAUAGUGUCUUUGCUUGGUGGGAUGCCAGAUGAAAGAUAUGCUCUGCUGGUGAAUUUGGGAAAGAAGAUCACAGACUACUCUGUUGACAGAAGCUUACUUAAUGAUGGUCAGUUUUGAUAAAUUCGCUUUUUACCCCUAACUGGCAUUCAUAUUACAGAUUUGAUUAUUGAAAUCUAGUCAACUUGAUGACCACUAAUUUGUGUAACUUUGAUCAUCAUAUUAACCAACACGUCCCAGUCAAAAUCUUUUACAGUGCAGAAUAAUCAGAGUAGCAGGUAGGAAAGGCAAAGUUGUGUGUUUAGAAAUGACAAAAUUGCUGGUUGUCAGCUCUUUUUCCUGUCUUAUCCCCUUGCACUUUUAUUAACUGCAAUUUAAAAUGAAAUGUGUGAAAGUAAGUCUUCAGUUUUUUCCCCAUGGUUGUAUUUCUGAAAUUGUUUUUUACUAUAAACUGGAAAAAAUGUUCUGUCUGAGUGAAAGAAAAACAGCAUCAAAAUUUAACAUCUUACUUGAAGCACAGCAUGUGUUGUAGAGAUGAGCGUAUUGCUGGUAAGGUGUACAAAUGUAGUAAAGCCUGCUGAUCAUAUGAUUAAAACUAAUCCUUGCUUUACCUGAUUCUGAAAGUCAUGUGGAUUAUUUAGGUUAUGAUUAUGAUCAGCAAACUCUGACAAUGUUUGUGAUUUUUCCUGUGAUUCAAAGUUGUAGUUCUCAGUAAUGUUGUUCCCUUGACUAUAUACAUUAGAUGAAGUAAUUGACGAGACAUAUGGAGUUGCUGUACAAUUUGAUGAAGAGGAAGAGGAGGUAAUUUCAAAGAAAAACUUUCUUAUGUGAAAGUAAUACUGCAGGGUUUUUAUGGGUCAUGGAAAACCUGGAAAGUCUUGGAAUUUAAUUGUCAGUCAUGGAAAAUCAUGUAAAAUUGAAGGUUACCUUGUGAAGCGAAAAUGUGACGUCAUUUGGCAUCAAACGCGACUGUAAUUGGUUAGAUCUCGAUAAGGUGUCACUCAAAGUAGCUUCAAAGAACUUGGUGCGCUCUAAAUUAAAACCCAGUUUUAAAAUAUUUUCUGUUUCAUUUUAAAGAAAAGGAUUUCCAUAUAUGGAUUGCUGCAAGCGGAAAGUAUAAGAAGUGCUCACUACUCGCGAGUUGUACUCUCUAAACUGCUCACUGCUCGCAAAACAAAUUUUUUAUCGCUGCUCGUGCUCGCAAAAAAAAUCACAGUGCUUGCAUGCUUGUGAAUGCUCGCAAAACCCAUUCGUGACCCCUACAUUAGAACCACCCUGUAGUACUGCAUGCAGUUUCUCCUGAGGGUGUUAUUAAGUAGUUUUCUUUUGACUGAUCAUGUUUUGUGAACUCUUGAGGCUAGAAUAGCUGAUACAACAUUGUCACUACUAUGUUCGACAAGGAUAUUUAAAAAUGGAUUCCUCUACGCUUUGUUCUUGCAGGAAGAUAAAGACUUUGAUGAAGUCAUGGAUGAAGAAUCGGGUGAUGAGGCAGAGGGUGUGGAAGCUGAUACGACAAUGACUCUUCAGGGAGGGGUAAGCAAAGACUGAUAGACAGAAUGAAAACAAAUAAAAUAAUCUUUGUUGAUUUAACAAUCCAACCCUCUUUAUAUUUUUUAAAUAAUUAUAUAGCUCAAUUUCUUGGAAUCAACAUAUGUCAUAAUUUUGUUUUCAUUCUCCUAUUGUCUUGUUCUGUAAGUUAAUCUUUUAAGUAAUUUAAGUUGCUUCUUCUUCUUUUUUCCUGUAUCUUAGUUUAGUUUAUGGACCCAAUUUAAGCCCCAGGCUUCCAGUUCAGGCUUCCCUGUCACCAUCUUUUUGGUUAUUUUGUCUAAAUUCUACAACCUUUAAAGUGACAAAAACAAAUAAAUCAAAUCAAGUCAAACCUACCGUAACCUUCUGAGACUUUUCGCAUAACAAUGGUAAAUGUGUCUGUUAGCCAUAGUACAUGUACUUGAAUUUGUGCAUGGCAGUAGAUCUAGAUAUAUUUUAAGAAUUAGAAUUUCUCAGAAAUGUUUGUCACAUUUGUCUUGUAGCUGGAAGAAGAAAGAUCUCAAAGGUCAGGAGACAACCUUCACCCUCGAGACAUUGAUGCCUUUUGGUUGCAACGAGAGCUGAACAAAUAUUACGCAGAUGCAGAGGCUUCAAGAUCUAAAGCUGAAGAAGUCUUGGAAAUUCUUAAGAGUGCAAAGGAUGAGCGAGAACUUGAGAACAAAAUGAUGUUGCUUCUAGGACAUGACAAGUUCUCAUUUAUCAGGCUGCUACGCAAAAAUAAGAACAUGGUGCUGUACUGUACAUUGCUUGCGACAGCACAGAGUGCUAAGGAUAAGAAGGAGAUUGAGGAGAAGAUGAGCUCUGAUCCUGAUUUAGCAUCGAUACUUCAUGCACUGACAGAGACAGAGCAAGAAGACUUGAUUCAGGUUGGUUAAAUGAAUAAAACCAGUGGAUAUUGUUUUGUCCCAUCACAAGCAAGAGUGCCCCCUAUGCAACAUUCCAAAAAAAUAACUAAAUAAAAAAAUUUCCAUAAGAUACUGAAAAGCAGUUACAGGUACAGUACUACCACAUGGGUGAAUUGCCAAAGAGGUUUUGUUGUAAUGAAUGGUCAUAUAUAUACAUGUAUAUUGUAGUGGUGUUUAAACCCCAGAAUUAAAAUUUUAGUAUUGCAUUUAACUUUUGUAGAUUAUUUUAUGUUGUAUAAAGUACUCUGGGGGCAAAAGUUUUGCAGGUAUUUUUCUAUUUAAAAAUCAACUCUAGGGACAUAGCAUUUUGUUACAUCUAAAGUAUGUUGGCAACUUUUCUAUACUGUAGGAGUGCAAAUGUCUUCCCUAUUUCCUGGCUACUAUCUGGUACAAUAAACGAGUAGACAUUGGUUACAAUGGGGAAUUUUUCAACAUCUUACUUUGAUCAUGAAGAAAUAUAUUGAAAAAUGGUCAUGUACAUGUCAAAAGAACAAUGGUUUGACUAAUCUUCUUUCAUGUACAUCUCACAGGAGGAACGAGCAAGGAAGGCAGCAAAUAGAAAAGCUAGAAUUGCUGCAGAUCUGGAUGCUGUUGAAUCUGAUCAGGUACAGGUUCUAUAACAAAAUCACUUGAUAUUUUAACUAAGUUUAUCAAGUCAAUUAGAGUGUUUUCACAUGACGUCCCAGCAGCCAUAUUGUUGUUCCAAAACAAUGAAAUGGCGGCCAUAUUAGUGUACCAAACCAAUCCUUUGGAAGUAUUGAACUCUUUUCUUAAGUAGGUGAUUUCUUUUGUUCCAAUAAAUUUGCGUAGAUGCUGGCCACAUUAUUGAAAACUCUCGAUUGGCUUUUCCACACUCUCUUACAUUUCUUUGGGAAGAAACAGCCCAUAAUGGUAUAACAUGUGUGAAGCAAAGAUCUAAAAUGCUUUGUUUACUCAACUUAAGAUUGUCUUUAGGUACUUAUGAUUUGUCCGAUACACCUUGUCAUGAUUUCUUUUUAAAAGAUGGUUUAUUUCUUUUGUUCCCUUGUAGACUCGAGGCAGUCGAAAAAUACUGGAUCUUGAAGAUUUGACCUUUAAAGACGGCAGCCAUCUUAUGGCCAACAAGAGGUGCCAACUUCCGGAUGGUUCAUUCAGGAAACAAAGGAAAGGUUAUGAAGAAGUUCAUGUCCCUGCUCUGAAACCUAAACCUUAUGAAGCUGGAGAGGUGAGGCAGUCUGCUUCAUUAAAAUUAAUGAAAAUUAAAUUCUUUUUGUAGUAUCUUUGUAUUGAGAACUACAAAAAUAAAGUUGGUGCAUGGAUUGCAUUCUAAUUAUUGCUUUAGUACCCCCAGAGAAAUAUUACUCCAUGUUUUUUCUUUCCUUUUUAAUCUUAAACUCAGUUUGAAUUAAAGGUGCAUUUUGUGAUUUUGUCCAUAAGAAACUUAGAAAGGCCAUAUUUGAUUUUCAGUAAAGCUAUUUUGAAAGUGUAGAAAAGGGCUCAAAAAAAAUCUUGAAUUCAAGUGUUGUUUCCUUUGGACAAGCAUCUCUCAGAUUUUCUUGCCUGGGGCCACUUCUUGCUUGUCUUAGUCAAUGAUUUUGUUGGAGGAUGACUUGCCAGGGGCAAGUUAAGCUUGAAAGAUUUCUUGCCAGCAAGAAAAUCUAUUUGGUCUGGACUACUGGACAGGAUUUUUGUUGAGCCCUGUGAAGAGAGAAAGGAAACAGUAGUUAACUUGCUCUUAUAUUGUUUGUUUUAUUUGUAGGAACGAGUUCCAAUUACAAGUUUACCCAAAUAUGCUCAGCCAGCCUUUGAAGGUUAUGACACCUUAAACAGGAUCCAGAGCCGUCUGAGUAACACUGCUCUUAACACUGAUGAGAAUCUGUUACUUUGUGCACCAACUGGAGCUGGCAAAACAAAUGUCGCUUUGUUAACAAUCUUGAGAGAAAUUGGCAAACAUAUUAACCUUGAUGGUACAAUCAACCUGGAAGAAUUCAAAGCUAUCUAUGUGGCACCUAUGAAGUCUCUUGUGCAGGAAAUGGUUGCUAAUUUCACUAAGGUAAGUUAAACUUUUGUGAAAGAAGUGGUUUAGGAUCAGGGGUAGGGUUUGUUAUUCCAGAAAAUAUCCGUACCGUACAUGUACCAGGGACAGCUUCCAUAUUUAAACCCGUCUUGCCUUUGGAAUUUCCAAAAUGUGUUAUCCCCUAUACCCCAGAAUUGCAAAAUCAUUAACCCCCAUCCGCUUUUGGAUUUUCCACUUUUUUUUGUCAAACUGUUUGGCAAAUAUGCCCAACUUGGCUUAUUUUAUGCCAAAUUAUUUCAAAUGACUGUACUUCCGUUCAGUACAACUGGUUACAGAGGGAAAAAAACUAAACAAGACAAGCAUAGAUCGAUCGGGCAUGUGUUUGUGUUGAUUUGCAGAAGAAAACCAGCAAAAUGUGGGUUGUAAAAGCCAAGGCCUUAACAUCUAUUGUCCAUGAAAUAUCCAUUUGUUAUUGUCCGUUCACUGCAAUACAUGAUCUUAAGACUGACAACGCCUUUUUUGAAGCUUGUGGGAUUGGAAGUAAUUGCUAACCCCGAAAGCUCAAAUUCAAGAUGACAGAAUUGAAAAUACACUCAAUCACAAAGUCUCCUGCAUGCACACACAUUCAUGACAAGAUGUCAUUUUAAUGUUCUGUACCAGUUUGGGUGCAAUGUAACGUUAAUGUACGUCAUAAUGACUUCUUAGAAAAGUGAUGUUAACUUCACAAAAUCUCCUUGUUGUAGAGGCUCAGUACUUAUGGCUUGACAGUAUCAGAGCUGACUGGAGACCACAACUUAAAUAAAGAACAGAUCAACAGCACACAGGUUAUCGUCUGUACACCAGAAAAAUGGGAUAUCAUCACUCGCAAGGGAGGGGAGAGAACUUUCACACAGCUUGUCAGACUGAUCAUCAUAGAUGAAAUACAUCUUCUACACGAUGACAGAGGACCAGUGUUGGAAUCAUUAGUUGCACGUACCAUUAGACAGAUAGAAACAACUCAAGAAUUGGUCAGACUUGUUGGGUUGAGUGCCACUCUACCAAAUUAUGAGGAUGUAGCUACCUUCAUGCGUGUGAAUCCUGCCAAGGGUUUGUUUUUCUUUGAUAACAGCUUCAGACCGGUUCCGCUGGAGCAGCAGUAUAUUGGGGUCACAGAGAAGAAACCAAUCAAGAGACUACAGGUUUGUUUUAAGUUAAUAGACAUUCAUUAUUCUCACUAGUAAGAAAAUACAUAAUCCAUUAAUACUGGAUGUUUUAUGUGGGAUGUGGGAGAAGCAAUAAUUAUAACCAAAGACAACAAAUAAACAUUUUUAUUAAUUUAUUAAUUUCUUUGUCCUUAUGGCUAACUGUAACAGUUGAAAGGACAGUGUUGAUAAUUUCUUUUCUGUUCAAUCAAUGGUUAGAAGUAACCCAUUUCUGAGUUGCCCUUACUGUCUUUUUUAUACUGGGGCACAAUUUUUGGUGAGAAUGAAAAGCUUUUUUCAUAUGAAAGGAUGAGCACCUGCACUCACUUUGAAAGUGAGGCCAAAGUUAAUACAGAAAUGGCCUAUAACAUGUACAUUGUAGGUUUUCAGGUUGUUUAUGUUACUCUAACCUUCAGUUGACCCCUUUUAGGAUGUCUUUAAAUUGUACAGUUGACUCCCGAUAACUCAAUCCCUCGCUAACUCAAACCUGGUGUUAACUUGAACCAAAAUUGAUUUCAGCUGGAUUUCCUUAGUACAUUUACUGUAAUUUUACCCUUGGUAACUUGAACCCUCCAUAACUCGAACCUUCCACUAACUUAAAGUAAUAUUGCUUUCCCUUCAGAUCUUUUCUAUAUAAUAUUAUUUUGCACUGGAUAACUUGAACCAUGUUAUACUGUAAGUGCAUGAAAAAAACCAGUGCAUUGCAGUCUGAAACAUUCAGUGUCAGUCUUUUUUGUUUUUUAUUCAGCCCUGUAUAUUGAUCGAGCUUUGUUGCCUAAUGUUUUUUACUUGAUAUCAAUAUAUCUCUUGCUGCCCUUGAAGUAGACUGUGCUUGUUACUUGUUACUUGUUACUUCCCCAUCCAUUUCCUUAUUUUUGGUUAUUUGCUUCGAACUCCCAAUAACUCAACCUCCUUAUAACUAUAUAUUUUUUUGAUUUUCCCAGAAGGUUUGAGUUAUUGGGAGUUAACUGUAUGUAAAAAAUGAAAUGUUGAUCACAUGAGUUUGUUAUACCCAAAGUUUCAAAUCCCUGGUUGCUUAAUAGUGGUAUUCAGGGACGAGUCUUUGGAACAAAGAACGUUCAGAUGGCUCACUGUUGGCAGCUUAAGAUUCCCACAUGGCUGUCCGUGGCUGUUUGAACACAACUCAUCUUGCUCAAAAGUCAUUUAAAAAUUCAUGAACCUUCCUUUUUUUACAGAAGAAGAGAGGUUUUGUAAUAAUGAUGUCAUUGUAAUUUUUCUUUAAGGUAAUGAAUGACAUUGUGUAUGAAAAAGUCAUUGAACAUGCUGGAAAGAACCAAGUGCUGAUAUUUGUACACUCAAGGAAAGAGACUAGCAAGACAGCUCGGGCCAUCAGAGAUCUGUGCCUUGAAAGAGACACAUUAGGACAUUUCUUAAGGGAAGACUCAGCUAGCACUGAAGUCCUUAGGUAUGAACUUCACAAGAUUUCUUAGCCUGAAUUAUUGAUAGAGGUUGCUUAAAAAAAAAGAAAAAAAACCAAGAUAUUUCAUGCUGUGUGACUAAGACUAUACCUAAGAUGACAGCUUUGUUUUAAAGUGUUCUAGUAGACUACUCUUUUGGCUGCUAAGCAGGUGAUUGCAACUUGUCUCCACUUUCAAGUGCCAUUUAUAACUCUUUACUCUUGUUGUUGAUUUUUUGUCAACCGUACAAAAAUUCAUUGUGACCUUUAUUUGCAAGGGAUGGUUUUGGACAUGCAGAAAGUGAGCUUUAUUUUGCUAUGUUUUUAAUGUGUAUACCUUGGUGAGAAACAAAUUUAUAGACUAUACCUAAGAUAUAACCUUUGUUUUGAAAUGUUCUAGUAGGUGCCACAAUCACUGCCACCUUUCAGCUGCUAAGCAGGCAGUGAUCACGACUUGUCUCCACUUUCAAGUGCCAGUAAUUUUGUACUUUUGCUAUUGUUGAUUUUUGUCAACCUUACAAUUUUUUUCUUCAAUUUGUAUUCCCCUUCCCUGUUGUUACUGUUUCUUCUCACCUACUGAAAUGUGCAUGAUUGUCUUUCUCAUAAUAAUAAUUAAUUUUAUUGCAAUCACCAUUACUUAGAACUGAAGCUGAACAAGCUGUUAACCUGGAGCUGAAAGACUUGCUUCCUUAUGGAUUUGCCAUCCAUCAUGCUGGCAUGACCAGAGUGGACAGAACACUAGUAGAGGAUCUCUUUGCUGACAGGCACAUCCAGGUUUUAGUUUCCACAGCAACAUUGGCUUGGGGAGUCAACUUGCCAGCACACACUGUGAUUAUCAAGGGAACACAGGUACAGUUAUCCACAUCAUAGAUCAGAUGUAGUGUGUAUAGUAUGUCCAUUUAACUUGUGUAGAUGGAGACAAAUUAUACUUUAAAUAUGUGUAGGUUAUUAUCACAUUCAUUGAGUUGUUGUUGCUCUGGGGGGAGAUGUUAUGUGGUAUUUUUCCACAAAGCAUCUGUCAAAAGGCACAUUUGAACUCUUAGAAAACGGGAUGCUGUGCUUGUCAUUGAAUUCGUUGUAAAAUGCUGGAAUGUAAUGGUAGAUUUCAAGAGUACUUGAAACACCCUUAAAGAGAAGAAUUUUUGAAACAGUUGGGAAAUAAUAAUUAUUAUAGUAUUAUAUAAAGUCAUUCAAAGGUUGAGGGCAACUUUUAAAAUUGGGGAUAGAUCAUAUUGUUAAGAAAAAGUGAAUAUAAGCACAGCUGAGAUGAACACUGUUUGAAAAAUAAAAUGUUAGUGCUUGAAUAUGCCUUAAUAUACUCAUGAAUUUUAUGACCAAGAACUACGUGUGCAUUGUAGCACAAACCCAAGGACACUUACACGUGCACUAUGAACAGUUUGUUAUUCAUUUAACCUUUUUUUGUUUGUACAUAGUCUUAAACUUCCAACAUUUGAAGUACCAUGAUAUUUUUAAUAUUACAACACUCUUACUGGUCAGGAUAAGAAAAAAUACAUUAUAUGACUUGCAUCUUAUUUUUUUUUAAGUAUCAUUGCUAUCAUCAAUAAAAAUUAUAAAUUAUUCCCUUUGCAGAUUUACAAUCCUGAGAAGGGUCGCUGGGUAGAGCUGGGUGCACUGGAUGUGAUGCAGAUGCUCGGGCGUGCUGGUCGACCUCAGUAUGACACAAAGGGAGAAGGCAUCUUGAUUACAAGUCACAGUGAACUGCAAUACUAUCUUUCGCUCAUGAAUCAACAGGUAACGUCAUAGGGGAACUUCCAACCAUAGAAGAAAUUGUAGUAGUAGUAGUAGUAGUAGUAGUGGUAGUAGUAAACCUUAGUAAGAGCAGUAACAGUACAGCUGUAGCACGUAUAUUAUACUGUAGCUGUAGUGGCAGUGGUAGAGGUAACAGUAGUGAUAUGGAGGCCAGUAGGGGCAAUGGUGAGAACAGCACUUCUAGUGGUAAUCAUGAUAAUGUUGUUAUUGUGUAUUAGUUUUUGCACUUUGAGAAUGCAGGAAUCAUAUAGCCUGAGAUACAAAGCAUUUAGUGCAUUAUAAAAAGUGGUUAGCACGUGAUGUGAUUGGUGUUCUGCCAGAGGACUGCAACAAUGGUAAAGUUGUGUAGUUACAACAAAAUAGAAACUAAGUGAAACACUUGCUUGAUUAAUGGAAACUUAAUUGAUUGAGAAUAAAUUCAAAUCAUUUAGAACAAGUUUGCGUCUCAAUUUAUAAUGGCCUAAAAAUGUACAGACAAGUUUGAAGGCUUAGUAACCUUGUGGUGUUUGUUUUUGAUUCCUUUAGUUACCCAUUGAAAGUCAGUUUAUUAGCAAGCUUGCUGACAACCUCAAUGCUGAAAUUGUGCUUGGAACAGUGCAGAAUGCCAAGGAAGCUGUGCAUUGGCUAGGUAUUGUUUCUACUGACUCUUUCUUAUUCCUCUUUGAAGCGUCUUUAGUCUAUUGGACGUAGUAUAGUGGUCUCUUGCUGACAGUCUUUGUGCAUUAUUUUGAUUUUGUUCUUAGGUUACACAUACCUUUAUAUUAGAAUGUUGAGAAAUCCAUCCCUGUAUGGUAUAUCUCAUGAUGAGAUUGAAAAGGAUCCCCUACUUGAACAGGUAAACAAGUCUUUUUUCACUUCUUUCAUAGCAAAAAAAUAUAUGCUUAAAAAUUCACAUGUGAAAAGUGGCAUGUUUGUCCCCAACCUCCAGAGUGCAUUAAUUUUCAUCGACACUAUUCAUAUGUAAUGAUUUUUUUAGAAAUAUGUUGUACCAGACUUAACAAAGUGAUUUAACUUGUUAGACUGGAAACAAAUCAAAAUUCAGCUGCAUGAGGGGUUGCUAUGUGUCUAAAUUGCAUAUAUAACUAGAUUGUUGCAACAAUUAUGUGUUAACAUUUUAAAGUAAAGAUUUUGUUAUUGUUGUGUAAUGUUGAGUCAUUCUUUUAUAGCGGAGAGCAGAUUUGAUCCACUCAGCUGCUACUCAGCUUGACAAAAACAACCUUGUGAAGUAUGACAAAAAGUCAGGAAACUUCCAGGUUAGCACAAGCAUUUGCCUGUUUGACUUUUUCGACUUUUAGUGUUGAAAAAUUUAAUUAAGUGCUAAUACCAGUAAUAAUGUACAAAGAUAUCCUUUUUUUAAGGUGACAGAGUUGGGACGCAUUGCUAGUCAUUAUUACUGUACUCAAGAAACCAUCGCUACUUACAACAGUUUGCUCAAACCAACUCUCAGUGAGAUUGAACUGUUUAGAGUUUUUUCACUAUCCUCUGAGUUCAAGUACAUCACAGUCAGAGAAGAAGAGAAACUGGAGCUUAAUAAAUUGCUGGAGCGGGUUCCGAUUCCUGUGAAAGAGAGCAUUGAAGAGCCCAGUGCAAAGGUAGACUUUCUAAUAAGACAAUCAAGCAGCACAGUUUUGCAUCUGCAGUAUCAAUAUCUUCUUCAUUUUGCCUUUGUAAAAGCAGUGAAACCCAAAGUGUCAAAUUCCUGUAUGUGUUAGCAUAAUAGCAUUCAGGGCCCAAAUCUUUGGAACAGUGACUUCAGAUGGCUAAUUUUGGGCAGUUGAGAUACUGUGACUGCACUGAAGCUGUUUGAAAAUAAACAUAGUUUAAGUGUAUUCAGGAUUGCGGCUUGGUUGACAGUGGUUCUGCAAAAUAAAAGUUGGAAGUUCUUUCAUGCAUAUAUGCUUUUUUCUUUCCAAAGGUCAACGUUCUUCUUCAGGCAUACAUAUCUCAUUUGAAGCUAGAGGGAUUUGCUUUGAUGUGUGAUAUGGUUUAUGUUACUCAGGUAAUUAUUGUUCAAAUUAAACAGUACUCUAUUUCUGUAAGUCGUUGAACAUUUCUCACUUAACUUGUAGGCAAGGAGAAAAAUGACUGUUUAAUUUUUGCUUUUGUGUGCAGUCAUCAGGCCGGCUUAUGAGAGCAAUCUUUGAGAUUGUGUUGAACCGUGGAUGGGCUCAACUGGCAGACAAGAGCUUGAACUUGUGCAAGAUGAUUGAUAAGCGAAUGUAAGUCAACUGUGUAAAUUAUGCAGAGUACAAUUCACGCUAAUGGCUUUUAUGAUUUGUUGGGUCAUUUCACAAAAAGUUAGAAUUCUCUGGUGGCUCUUGUAUGGAGCUUAGCCUUGAACCUUUCGUUGCAGUAAUAUUUGCAAUCUCACCUUGUUAUCUCGAUAAUUCCACUGACCAACAUGUUUUCUAGACUCUUCUGCAUACAUUUCCAAAAUUGACUGUACUGUAGCCUGUUCCUCUAGUCUCCCCUCAUUUUUUUUUUCUUCAUGAAUUUUUCUCCCGCACUCUACUAUCUGAACACCUGGAACAGGCUAACUGUACUGCACUGCACUCAUCUGAGGAAUGUUAUCCAACUUUCUUUAAAUGACUCCUCUGUUCCAUCUAUUUAUAUGCAGUAAUACAAAACAUUAUAGUGAUCAUCCAGGGUUAAGGUGGAGGUAUGUUAGACAAGGAUUAUAUGGCGGCAAGGUGGGGUCAAUCGUGUGUUCUGAUUGGCCACCUGCGCAAACAAGAUGGUCUGAUCUUGCCUUCUCGGGAUUACUCACCCUGUUCUGUUCCUGAGAGGAAAAAAAAUAUUUCUUCAUAUUAUCAUGUGAUAUAAUUAUAUUUUAUCCUUUUUUGACCAAGCUUGUUUUAUCAACAUGGCUGGAUAACAGCCUCAUUCAUUUUUUGACCAAUAUCCAGCUACCUUGACCCCACAAUUGAUCAAUAGGAUAAACAUAAAAGAAACAAUUCCGAUUUGUCUUUUGAUUCUGAUCAAACCCUAGGUGGCUGUCCAUGAGUCCACUUCGCCAAUUCAAGAAAAUCCCCAUGGAGGUAAUCAAGAGAAUUGAGAAGAAGGAAUUCCCAUGGGAGCGUUACUAUGACUUGGGAGCCACCGAGAUCGGUGAGCUGGUGCAUAUGCCCAAAAUGGGCAAAACACUGUACAAGUUUGUCCAUCAGCUGCCCAAAAUGGAGUUAGCCACCCAUAUCCAACCCAUAACAAGGUAUGUUUUUCUAGGUCAGAUGAAAAACAUUGAAUGCGUAAGGCUAUGUUCAUACUCUACUGAAUAGUUUUUGCGUUGCCAUGAAAAGCAGACUGGAUAGGGCUUCUGUUCACACACAGGAAUGGUUGUGGUGGCACAAUUUCUGUGACUGAGCAAAGCUGUGCCUCGUUGAUCUCGAAAGUGGAGUAACUGAAACUCAUAUUGGAUAGAUUUUCUGCCGUACUUUGGUGUGUUGUGAACACCUUUUCGGCCUGUCACGGAAGUAAAUAAGUAGGAGUGAGAACUGGAACCCACCAUGACGGAAGUAAAUAUUGAGGAGGGAGGACUGGAAUUGAGUACACCAAACCCUCUCGGUCAACCGCGCCGGCACGUUGUUCACUGUUACUGUUCAUACUAUACCGGCACCAAAGCUAUCAAGUAUAGUGUGAACAUAGCCUUGGUGUUUUUUCAAGUUGCUUUCUUUCUUUUGUUUUCUGUCCUUUCAUUUUCAGAAUGGUUAGAAGUUUUUUUGCUACAUCUUAUGUGUAUGAUAAGGCUUUCGUAGAAGGCUUUGAGAUUGGCAACUAAAAUUUCAUCUGAGUCUUGUCAUAACAUUUUAAAACAUGCAACUUACCAAGAGAAUUUCAUCAUCGUCUCUCUUCAUACCAUAAUGCUGUCGCCCACAAAGUUUGGAACUCCUAACUGGUAACUUGAUGUGGGACACAUUAUUUCUUCCCUUCCCUUUUCUUUCUUUUUGCUUCACUUUGUGUUGCUAUAUUCUAAUACAACCACUCCAACAUGUUUUCCUUGUCAGAUCGACUCUAAGUGUGGAACUUGUGAUCACCCCAGAUUUUCAGUGGGACGAAAAAGUUCAUGGAAACUCAGAGGCAAUGUGGAUAUUUGUGGAAGAUGUUGAUAGUGAGAUCAUCUUACAUCAUGAGUACUUUCUGCUAAAGAGCAAAUUUGCCUCGGAUGAACACACGCUGAAGUUUUUUGUUCCUGUGUUCGAGCCUCUUCCACCGCAGUAUUUCAUCAGGAUUGUGUCUGACAAAUGGCUUGGUGAGGGUUUAAACGUGGUUUUUUUAAUAUGCUUCAAAAAUCUGAACCCUUUAAGUCCUAUUUUUUGAGGUAUCAAUAAUGCAACCAGUGACUUUUUAAAACUAUUACAUGUAUGUUCUUCCUGAGGUGCGUUUGCAACUUGAAAGGAUAUUUCGGUAGUUUUGUGCGAACGUGUUCACUGAUAUUGCCUUUCAAGGUUCAAUCCAUGUUUAUUCUUGCCAUCCAAAGCAGCAGACGACAGAAAACAGUUUUAAAAAGCCUCAAUUUAGUCUUAAAAAACGAAACUGGACCAUUAUUUUUGAAAUUUAGUUGAUGUGGAGGCACAGCUCAUUAGUGCAAAUAGCUAGUAAGAACUCUUGUCUCAGAUGAAAUGGUGACAUGACAUGAUAAGCAGUGCGCUGAUAGUUGCGUCUGGUGUGAACAUUUCACCUAUUUACAAUGUCGUGAUUGUAGAAGUUUGAUUACUUUUUAUAUGUUUGUAUUUAGGGUCUGAAACGCAGCUACCAGUAUCAUUUCGUCAUUUGAUUCUGCCAGAAAAGAAUCCUCCACCAACUGAACUGCUUGAUCUUCAACCUUUGCCAGUUUCUGCUCUCAGAAACCCUGCAUUUGAGAAUUUAUACAAGGACAAGUUUCCCUACUUUAAUCCUAUACAGACCCAAGGUAAGAAGGACUUACAUGACUGGGCCGGGUUUCUGAAAGGCCGAUUAGCGCUAAUCCAGUAUUAAAAUUUUGUUCCUUUCUUGUAUUUUACCUUUCUUUGUAUUGCUAAGAGUAACAUUUUGUUUUAUCAUUACCGUAUCUCGGAGUAAAAGUUCAACAGUAUUUUUUUAACCUUGAGUUACAUGUUCUUAGGCAAGAUAACCUCGCUUAAAAUUUGGCUUAAUCCUGGGUUAAACUUAACCAUCUUUCGAGGAACCGGCCCCUGUUGUUUAUUAGAGACGCAACUUAAGCAUCCAAGGAGCCUGGCUUUCACUUAUCGGGCGAUACAAAUACAAGUGCAAGUACAAGGGUUCUUUAUGGCCCCUAAAUAACAGUCUACACUAAAGCACAAGGAUCAAAAUUUUCCUCUUAUACGCUCACUCUUGUGCUUGAGUCGUGCUUGAAUCGCACUUGCUUUGCUGAUGAAAACCAUGCUUUGGGGCAACGGUACAGAGGAGCUCCCGGUUGUUCAAAAGUUGGAUAGUGCUACCCACUGAAUAAAUCACUAUCCAGCGGGUAAGUAGAGAUUUAUUCGGUGGAUAGUGCUAUGCACCUUUUGAACAACUCAGUGGGGCCCUGUCCUUUUAUACACACUGUGAUUUAAUAGGUUCAUUUAUUGUCAUAAUGCAUACAACUAAUGUUGUCGGUCGUUUUCGCCUUUCUUCAGUGACUAGGAUUUCCAAUAAGUUUUUCGAGGUCCAGGAUUUGCUUUGUUUUGAAGGCCGGGAUUGGGAUUUCAAAGCAAAAUAGGGUUGGGAUUCGGGAUGAAAGUACGCACACGAUGCGGGAUCCCGAAAAUAACCAUCGGGAUGACGGGAUUGAGCGAACAUUAGGGUCGGGAUUGGGGAACUACAAUGAUUUUUGUUGGAUUAAACUAGAAUAACUUUAUUACUACAGCGUUACAUAGUCUGCCUUUGUUUUUGUCUUGUCAGUUUUUAACACUCUUUACAACUCUGAUGAGAAUGUUCUUAUUGGUGCACCGACCGGUAGUGGUAAGACCAUCUGUGCAGAGUUCGCGGUGCUACGACUCCUUCAGCAGAUAACUGACUGUAGAUGUGUGUAUGUCACUCCAAUGCAGUCGCUGGCUGAUCAGGCAAGUCGCGUUUUAAAACACAUACACUAGGUGUCUGUGGUGUGCAGUAGAGUACAGGGGUAGAGUACAACGUUUGUUGGAGUGGUUAUUCAGAGACUCAAAAGUCAGAGCCACUGAAGAAUAAAAAAGAGAAAAACACCUAAAACGCGUCAUCAACCACUGGAAGUAGCUUUCCUUUAAAAUGGCCACUACGUAGCAUGCACUUGCAGAUGUAUUUCCGUUCGUCGCUUCUCUCCACACGAAAAGAGGGAGCGAAAUACGUUUGCAUUUGCAGUCUACCACAUAAGCCGUUUGAGUCCAGAUUUUGAAAAAUCCUCUCCUGCUCUACACGUUUUGGUUUUAAUUGGACUUUAUCUACUCCCGCGCGUUUCAUUCACUCGACAGACGAGGGCUAUACGAUACCGGAUAGCUUUUAGUGCCGACACGAAAAGCCAUCUGGUAUAGGCACAGAACUGGAACAAGUCUUUCACGUACAUCGCGCCGGAGCGGUUGGCCGGGAGGGUUUGGUGCACGAAAUCCCAAUCCUCACUCCUGAAUAUUUACUUUCAUCUCAUUGGAUCCCAGCCAUCGCUCCUACUUAUUCACUUUCGCUACGGUCCCAGUACCCGUUCACACUGCACCAAAGUUGGGCACAGAACCCAUCCGAUAUGUGACGCUCCACUUUCGAGAUCAGCGUGGCGAAGCUUCCCUCCGUUACAGAAGUCGCGCCGAAAUCACCGUUCUUAGGUGUCAACAGGAACCCCAUGCGUUAUUGGCUAGAUCCAUCCGGUAUAGAGUGAACAUAACCUGAUUAAAUAGAGGGGCGUCUCAUAGUCUGUAUGAUUGCUAGAAAGAACUGUAGCGUUGCAACCUGUGAUUAAAAAUAAUGAUCUUUAUCCUGACUUUCUUCAUGGUGAUAUUAGGACGGCAUGAGGUUGCACUUGUUGGUUUUAUGUAAUGACGGUAUUUUGUAUCCAUAAGAGUUGAAUGGUCUAUAUUUCUGCACUUGGUUUUAUCAGGUCUUUGCUGACUGGCAGAGCAAGUUUGGCUAUCAGCUAGGCAAGAACGUGGUCAUGCUGACAGGAGAAACUAGUGCAGAUCUUAAACUUUUGGCUAAGGUAAACAAAAACAACAACAACAACAACGACAUAACACAAAUUUUAUAACUGUGCUGAUAUGUUUUGUUAGACCUAAUUGUAGUUGCAAGUUUUCGCUUGUUAUUGUUAAAGGCUAACGCAGGCGAUAUUCAUGUGAUUUUUGCUGCAAUUUUGGGGCGAUCUUAAAGCGAGGUAACCGUUGGGUGCAUGAUCUGAUCAUCUCAUGUAGACAUUCAACAAUGCACUCAGUUUCUUACUCGGCGUAUCCUUUACACGGGAAAAUAGAAGUUGGAAAUGUUUGUCAUUGUUGACUGGAAGCCAGGGUGUUUUAUGCAUGUUGGCAAUAAACUGCCUCUGUUUCUAAUUGCUUAAUACUCUCUACCAGUAAAUCCAAAUUUUUUUGUUUUCGAAGAGAACGUUCCCGUACUUCUCAGUUCUGAGGACAGAAACACUGAGUCGAGGCUUUGUGUGACAAAAUACAGUCAUUUGUUCACUGAAAUUGUCCAUUCAAGUCUCGACCUGGUUUCACUGUAUUUGCUCACGGAGCGGAAUGAGAGAUAGGUGUAUAGGAUUUGUCUACCCGAUUUUUUCUUGUAGGGUAAUGUGAUUGUCAGUACUCCAGAACAGUGGGACGUGCUGUCAAGACGGUGGAAACAGCGGAAGAACGUGCAAAAUGUGCACUUAUUCAUCCUUGAUGAAGCUCACAUGAUUGGUGGAGAAUCAGGGGUAAGCUGAAAGGAACCUUUUUGUCAUUGCCUAUUUUCACUUUAAGCGUAGGACUCUGCCGAUGUUGUGUCGAAUUGCUUUAUGGGACUGUUUUCUUUUUUUGCUAUUGGCUGUUUUCAGGUUAAGUGGUAGACUGGGUCGAUGUUGUGUCGAAUUGCUUUAUGGGACUGUUUUCUUUUUUUUUCUAUUGGCUGUUUUCAGGUUAAGCGGUAGACUGGGUCGAUGUUGUGUCGAAUUGCUUUAUGGGACUGUUUUUCUUUUUUGUUUUUGCUAAGAAAUUGUCCGCCAAAACAGCCUUAAGGGUACAGUUUGACACACCUCCGACCCCGCCUCAAGCUCAACUUCAGAAUGGCCAGUAACUAUCCUUGUUUGUCAGUGACUGGCAAACUACGAAGGGAUUUAGGCUGAGCAAAUCAUACCAUAUUUGGUAUUCGGAAGUCGUUAGCCAAGUCCUCCGAUAGAGAUGUCACAAAUCCUUGUCAUUUUUCUUUGAAGUAGCCGACUUUUUUUGUGUCACCUCAGGCGAAAAUUCUGUUUAAUAUGGAUAAAUGCAAUUUAACUGAGUUAACGAUUAGAAGCAAGAGCAGGUGACGUUAGCGUUCUCUGGCGUUUACUAGCCUAGCAGCGUUUUCGGGGCUGUGCGAGUCUUUGCAUUCCCGCAGUUCCUGUAACUCCGCUUUUAGGCCACGCUUGUAUCAGUGGGUCCUUGUUGUUGUUGCGUGCGUGCGCCAUUGCACGUGCCGUUGUACCGUUGCCAUUGCCAUUGUACCGUUCAGUUAUCGACAGCGGGCUUGUUUUUUAUACAUUGUUAGGUUUCCAUCCCCAUCCUUCCCUUUUUGUUCCUUAUAAUUUUCCACGCAGUCCAGUGGUUUCAGUGUGACAGGUGCUGGGGAAUUUUUGGCGUCUAGGGCCGAGUGUGUUACUGGGUUGCCAGCUGGGAAGUUCAGUACACCUUGAUUUCAGACCCCGGGCGUAAGAGUACCUAUCCUCCACUUGCCUUGUAGGCGUUAUUACUGGAUGGCAUUUUCAAGUUCCAAAUACAAAAAUCGAAGUUGAAUUUGCUUUUAAUUUUGAAUUUAAAUAUUUUCUUUGUCCCGCGCUUGCAUGCUGAACGUAGAAUAUUUUGUUUGUAACUUGUGUUUUGUUUUUGAUCUUUGUCAUCAUGUUUGACUCCUAGCCUGUGAUGGAAGUAAUCUGUUCUCGUAUGAGAUACAUCUCAUCACAGAUUGAACGUAACAUUCGGAUUGUGGCUCUGAGUUCUUCGCUAGCAAAUGCAAAGGUAUUAAAACCAGUCAUAGUCUUAAGUGAGAAACGGAUUUGAACACAAGUUCAGUUUCUGAUGCUUAACUAAGAACCUAAAGUUUAUUAGUUUGAUCAGUCAGAGAGUCGGGUAAUAUCAGGUUUGCUUUUCCUUUGUAGCCCAAACAGUCCGUUUUCCCGUCUUAAAACCUAAUUUAGUCAUCUUGAAACUCGAAACAUACACCUCAAGAUUUUCAUUUCCAAAUGUUAACUGUUCAAGGAUUAAGCUACUAGAGACUGUCGACAUACGUUUGAAUUGUUUCUAAUCAUUUCUUAUCUGAUAUUUGCCAGGACGUUUCCCAGUGGUUGGGAGUUGGUGCUACAGGCCUGUUCAACUUUCACCCCAACGUCAGACCAGUGCCCCUUGAACUGCACAUUCAGGUAUGAUCCUAAUAAGGCUGAAUCAGGGCUCAGACGCUCUGUUAUAGGGAGAUUAAACACGACGACGACAACGGCAACUAGAACUGCAUUAUUGUAGGAAUCCAAUCGUCCUGGACAUUCGAGUCGCUGUCUGACCAUUACCGGGAUUUCUUUUUUUUCCUGUCAAUUCCAUCUGGAUGGCUUCUCAUUAGAUGGGACUUUAAAUCAUGUGUUGUUUAUUUUGUUAUGUCUUUUGUUUCAUGUUACUUCCUUCCAACCCGUCCAUGAAAGGCACAAUUUUACAGUUGUUGUGUACUACUUUUCUCAUCUUCGUUGUUAAGCACACAUUUUUUUUCCAAUUUCAGGAGUAUUUAAUCGUUUCUUGUCACCUUUUGUAUCAGGGCUUCAACAUCACUCACACAGCAUCUCGUUUAAUUGCCAUGACAAAGCCUAUGUAUCAGUCAAUUGUAAAGCAUUCACCCAAGAAACCUGUCAUUGUUUUCGUGCCGUCCAGAAGACAAACCAAACUGACUGCUCUAGACCUACUGACCUUCUCUGGAGCCGAGAAUGACGCACAGAGGUAAGCUAGUCAGAAAAGAUUUAACAAUGCAGGAGCUAAAAACCAUCUGAGUGCUUGAUGGGAUUCGAACCCAUGACUUCCCAGGCGUCCAUAUGGUGCUCUUACUACUGAGUUGCGGAGAGACUGGUGGUGAACCAGGUCGUGUACUCGUGUACUGGGUUCUCAUGCCACACACGUCCUGCAUACUGCUGGGAUGCAAAAAUCCAAACAAACAAACAAACAAGAACAGAAACGACAAUUCAGUGUGGAAUCCGUCGCUAAAUUACCAUGAGACUUUUUAACCCUUUCACUCCAAAUUGUGGCUAAAGUUAGAAUUCAACAAAAUUUUGCAAAUUUCAUUUCUUAGAAUGCUGAAAAACAAAUAGAACCAUGCGAAAGUACUGCGAAAAAAAAAUAUUUGAAUGGUCACACCAUAGGAUUUCGUCUACAGACUCAAAAGUUAGAACUACAUACUGAACAAAUAGUACCAUGUGAAAGUACUGGUGAAGAAGUUUCAUUUGAAUGGUAACACCAUAGGAUUUCAUCCACAGACUAAAAAGAACCACCCUACCAGACUCGGUCAUUCACUGUGAGAGAAAGGGUUAAGAAACAAGUUUGUACGGGAAGGCAAAUUUUAAAUUUAGCGGACGCAGGAAGCGGCCUGACUGUUGCUAUUCUAGGAAGGUGAAGAAGAAGGGAAUGUAAACUUUAGUAACAAAACAGGAAAGACAAAAGUGGAAAACGGUUUUUGUGUAAAAUCCAGCACAAUUCCAGGACAGGAAUUUAACGGUGUUGAUUCAAGUCGUAACUGUUGAUUUUAUAGAGACUGAUAUGUAAGUUUAUUUCCUUAGAGGGGUUAUUUUGCUUUAACAGGUUCCUGCACUGCACAGAGGAAGAUCUUCAACCUUUUAUCAAACGUUUGAACGACAAGGCAAGUUUUAGGAACUUGGUUUUUAGUUCACUAAACUACCGUUGCUCCUGCGUUGCCGACUCUGUUACCACUUACUACAAAGUUCUUUCAACGAACAAACAACAACAGCAAAUUGAAUUUGAAAGUGAAAUUCAACAUUGUAACUAAUUAAAUAAUUUUUCCACCCGCAAAUAGCCUUGGAACUAAUCGAGGCGGGGCUGGGGAGGAAAGUCUUAUUUACAAUACAAGGUUUUAGUGAAUGGACUAAACAACAAUGAAGACAGGAAAACUAAUAAAACAUUCGAUUUGUGAGAGAAUAACGAGAACUUUACGGUUCACAUUCACGGACACGCCCGUCCAUCUUGGUCAGCUCACGUAAUCUGUUAAGGUGUCGCUGUGUUAGGAGUCAACAGCUAGCCGAAAAAUAUCGAGCAUUGAUCGGCGGGCUACCGACAUCUCGCCGAAAAAUUAUCGAUGAGCUGACAAAAAUGCGUGACCGCGCGAGUAGGUAUGCAUGACAAGUUUUAAAGUACUUGUAGUAACUGACAAAUGGAUCUAACAUUUUGAGGAAAAAAAUGCUUUUAACUGAUGGUAAUGCUCAUAAAUUUUGCCUUCUAAUCUUCAGACUUUGAAAGAGACAGUGGGUUAUGGAGUGGCUUAUCUUCACGAAGGACUGUCUGAUGCUGAAACCAAGAUUGUAGAACAACUUUUCAACUCGGGAGCCAUACAGGUGGUGAUUGUGUCGCGCAAUCUUGCUUGGGCGAUCAACAUGAACGCUCACCUUGUGGUCAUCAUGGACACUCAGUUCUACGAAGGCAAGAUCCAUGCGUAAGUCACGGGACGACUAUAUAUGCAGUAACGGCAGCGUGAAAAUACAGGGGAGAGAAAAGUUAUAUUGAUAGGAUAAUUUUCUCUCUCUUUAAGACUUUUCUACUGGAAGAAGAUUUAAAAUUUUCGACGCGAUAUCAUAUGUUUUUGAUCGUGGUUUGAUCGUGGUUUUGAGUUUUUUUUUUGAAUGUCUGAGAAAUUGGCAGUGCAGACCAAAGUAACCACGAAACGGCACUCAUUUGAGAACCUGGCGCUCUCGUUAGUUUUAGUUAUCGGCUCGAGCUCCAAACCUUCCGCAUUUUUCCGAAUGCGUAUAUGGGUUAUGAGUGGUUAGAACGAAUUAAUUGUGUGAUUAAAUUAUCUCAGUCAGGGCUUGAAAAAAAGUUCCGUCCGGUAGUCCGGUAGUAACUUUUCUUGCUUACUUUCCCAAUGAGCCUAUAUGCCUUAUCGAGUUAUUAUAAAAAAUAAAAAAAAACUGGGAAAACUUCCUUGCGUUGAAUUAGUGCUUCUGACACAGUUUUGUUUUGUUCUUUUUCAGUUAUGUGGAUUAUCCCGUGACAGAUGUAUUACAAAUGAUUGGCCGAGGAAACAGGCCACUACUAGAUGAUUCAGGAAAGGCAGUGAUUCUCUGUCAAGCAUCCAAAAAAGAAUACUUCAAGAAAUUCCUCUAUGAGCCUCUGCCUAUCGAGGUUAGUAUGUAACACGCCAAGGAAAAGACUCUACAGCAGUAACUCUGCAAAACACAAAACGUAUUUUGUCUUCCAAAGGCUGGGAAAAAGUGAAAAGCCUGUCUCGUCUCGCGCAUUUACUCACCCAAAAAAGUUUGUUGUCGCGUUUUCGUACAAAAUUUGUAAAGGAUGCUUUGCUAUCUAGUAACUAAAACGAUCCCAGAAUCCCUUAUACCUUACGCUGGUAUACAGUUUCCUUAAGGUUAUGGAGUAGAUAUCUAAUGCGGACUCUUGCUGUUUCAGUCGCAUUUGGAUCAUUGUCUUCAUGAUCAUUUUAACGCUGAAGUGGUAACAAAGACGAUUGAGAACAAGCAAGAUGCAGUGGAUUAUUUAACAUGGACCUACCUUUACCGCAGAAUGACACAGAACCCAAACUACUACAACUUACAAGGUAAUGGUUCGAACUGACACCUGCGUAAAUAAUACUUAUCUCUGGCAUGUUGUGUUUGCGUUUGUUUAAAGCAUGAUUAAACCGCAGCUUUGUUGUACUAAUUGAGCUGAAUUGCGCUCAGUAUGCGUAGAUUUGGGUACAAAAUUGGCUUGGCCGUUUUAGGUAUCUGGCAGUCUUUUCGAAGGAGUGGAUCUCUUUAUUCGUGUGGUCAAUGUAAUAUUUUUAUCACCCACAGGAGUUACCCAUAGACAUCUCUCUGAUCACAUGUCGGACAUGGUAGAGAACACACUUAAUGAUUUGCAGCAGUCCAAGGUAUAGUUAACUGUUAUUUUUCCAAGUGUAUUACUUUUAGUUUACAAAAUCUGCAAAACCUCUAGUUGGUGAAUAAUAAAGCGAACAGUUCCUUUCCUUUUGGCCGCUUUGACGUUUUAGGGAAGACGGGACUGCGACUGUUUUGGGGACGCUAUCUUUUUUCUUUGGCUAUUACGAGGGAGUCGGGAAACUGAGUCAAAAUUCGCGUCUCCAAACACACCCACAGAGCAAUUCGACUCAACGCCCACCCAGUCUUACUUGUAACUUCAAAAUGGCUCAUGUUGCUCUCUUCUGAGCAAGAAUAGUUGAUGGGAAUAUGAUGUUAGCGACGGCAAAAUUGCUCAUCAAACACGGUAUUCAAAGUUUAAGCAUGUGAGAUUCUCGUUUCUACUUAUCUGCCGAGACAACCAAAAACUAAACAAUUUUGUCUCUGUAAUGUGUUUUGCGAUGCGAUUAGUGUAUGUUAGCACUUAAAGGGGUGACUGUUAUGACGAAUAAACACGGUUUUGUUCAAAUUUUUUGGAACAAAACUGACUUAAAGUAGAGAAGGUUUCCUGACCUGACUGGGCUGACUCAUCAUUUCUCGCCUGUUCUGAUUGUUGUAGUGUGUAUCCAUUGAGGAUGAAAUGGACGUGUCUCCAUUGAAUCUGGGCAUGAUUGCUGCUUAUUACUACAUUAAUUACACUACUAUUGGUAAGAAUCAAUUUUUGGUCACCUUUACCGCUUCUUGCAAGUACUUUUGAAAAUACAAGGCCCAGCGCCUUCUUAGACUUCUUAUUUAACGAGAUCGGAAAUCUUGGGCUAAACAACUGACAAUUGGUUCAGGCGCUCACUCUUGAGUAACCCCUUGAGUUUUAUUAUUUAUUUGUAUAUAGGUUUUUUAAUGACAGAGUAUAUUGCAAUUCUUGCUUGGAUUGACCAUUUAAAUAAAUCCUCUUUGGUUGUUCUUCGGCAUGUCUGGUUUUUGUUUUGGUAUUGUGAAAAAUAAUUCGGGAUUUUUCUUGUAUUUGAUGGAUGUUCGACUCUUCUUUUGUUUCGUCAGUUUUUAUUUUCUCUGGAUUUUAAUUCUUGCUAUUGCUUGGACCUCAUCUUCUCUGUUCUGUCAAUCUUAUAGAACUGUUUAGUGUGUCUCUGAAUGCUAAGACCAAACUGCGCGGUUUGAUUGAGAUCAUCUCUUCCGCCUAUGAAUAUGAAAGGCUUCCCAUAAGGCAUCACGAGGACGCUACCCUUAAACAAGUGAGUAACAGUCUCAAUAUUUUGUUACAAGCAUUUUGUAAUGUCAGUGCAACCUAAGGUGUUUUAUGCACUCAGGCCUCGUCCACGCGUAUUCGGAUAUUUUAAAAAACGGAGGUUUUUUCUCCGUUUCAGAAUUUCUUCCACUCGUUAACGGCGUUUUCGGGCACCAAAAACCUGUUUUUUUUUAAUACGCCGGCUUAUCGUUUUCGUGUUGACGGACGAAAAUGGAGGUUUUUGAAUACGUCAUGCAGCGCAUGCCCCACAAGAGAUGCUGUCGUAUCUCUACAGUUUUAGCGUUUUCGUUUGGAUGAGCGAAAACGAUUCGAGUACGCUUCGUGUGGACGCGUAUUUUUUCGAAAACGGAGAAAAAAUCUCCGUUUUCAAAAAUAUCCGAGUACACGUGGACAGGACCUCAGUCGUGUUUAAUUAGCGGGAAACAUUACCAGACGAGGAGACCUGAAUGGUGUAUUUUGGUGUUUGAAAGCUUGUUAGCCGAACAGUUUUUCAAAGGUUCAUUUUUGUUGUUUGUAAAGUUUGACAAAUAUAACUCUUGGAGACUCAAUUGUUCGACAUUCACAAGAAAUUUCUAAAGCACCAUAAGGAAUAAGGGAGCGGAAGGGUCGUUGUUAACAAAAUGAAUUAGACAACCGUGAUACAGCCUUUUUAACCCUUCAAACCCUAAUAUCAAAAUUUAUAUUCUCAUUUGUUGUGCUCAUACGUUUCAAUAGAAGUAGUGGAGAGAAUUUAGAUUCAUCUUCUGUGAUCAUGUCCUCAUUAUUCUCAUGACCACUCUGUAUUGUAUAGUAUUGACAGUUACAAGGAGAAAUUUCAUGCUGAUCAUUCGGUUAAGCAAAGCUAACUGCGUUACAAACUGUGUUUGUCUCUUAGCUUAUGAAUCGUGUACCUCACAAAGUGACCAAUGCCAAGUUCAAUGACCCGCAUGUAAAGACAAACCUGCUGAUACAGGCUCAUAUGUCCCGGAUGCAGUUAUCAGCUGAGAUGCAGUCAGACACGGAAACCAUCCUUGGCAAAGUAAGUGAACUAAUACACAAACAGGGACGAAGAAAUGCAUAGAUACUGAAAGGAAUCGUCCUCUGCUCCGCAUGGGAAACACAUGAAUGAGUGAGGAUAAAUAGUAAAGUUAUGUAGCCGAAUUCAGUGAAAAUCGUCGUCUUAAAAAGUACUCAUAUACUAAGAAAAAUACUUGCUUUGGUAUGCUGAUCUUUCCUUUUUUAUUUCUCUCUUUCUUUGAUGAACUGUGGCUUUUUUUGUCUUAAUAUUAACGACUAUGUCCAGUUUUGCAAUGCUAAUUCACGCAGAGGUAGCUCACGUCUUUAACUUCAGCGUUACGCGUUCAGCGUCAAUCGUUUAUGCAACCUCUGGAACGCCUUGCCUGAUAAUAUCAAAGCAGAGAAAUGUUAAAUUGUAAUGUAUGUGAUAUAUUUUUCUUGCUUUUUUUUCUACCAGGCCAUGCGUCUUGUGCAAGCGUGUGUUGAUGUGCUCAGUAGCAAUGGUUGGCUCUCUCCUGCCCUCGCUGCCAUGGAACUUGCUCAAAUGGUAUGUCAACUCAGUCAAAUUCGUUUUCCCACAGAUUGCAUCUGUAUGAAGUGUAGUGUUCUCUGAGAAUGUAAAGCGGUUGAAUCUUGUCGUCGUUGCUGCCAUUUUCAGAUGCCGAAAUUUAAGUAGCGGACUCACAAUCAUUCAGUCUGAAUUUUUUGGGGGGCAGUCAGUAGUUCUUGCUGAAAACAACGUGGGCUAAGUGAAUCCCUUUUUGCCCCCAGUACUGGCUGAAAUGGCGAUCACUCGGAUGAAUGAAAGGCAGCACGACUACGCCUUAGAAAUGAAAAGAGCGUAUAAAAGGCAAUCAGCCUGCUGUAAACUAAGUUCUUUUGUAUUUGUUUAGGUUACGCAAGCCAUGUGGAGCAAAGACUCUUACCUCAAACAAAUUCCUCACUUCACCGCGGAAAUAAUCAAACGAUGCACGGACAAGGUAUUCCAGAGCAGUUAUACUCUAUUUGUUCUCGCCUUUCACCUUUGGCUCUUGAAACUGUCAUUGUCGGGUUCAAAUUAACAGUGGUGUUGUAAAGUGGAGAAUGUUGUAGAAAGAGGUGUAACUGAGAAGGUAGAGGUAAUUGUUACGAGAGAACUCUGACAAGGACGAAAUUAUACCUUUACUCAACCUUUCCGGCCUGUCUCAUUGCCAACUUCCCGCCAGCGUCAUGCAAGAGCUGGGGGAAAAAAGUGUGUACUUAAACAACAGCGUAUAGUAGGAUAGAGAGUCGUUUCGUACUUAAUAAUUUUUGUGUUUUCUUUCUCAAAGAAGCCCUUUUGCGUAAAAGAAAGAUAAAGAAACUUUCACAUGUUUGUCUUCUUAUAUUCUUAUAUAUUGUUUUUCUGUAGGGUGUGGAGUCAGUGUUCGAUAUCAUGGAUUUGGAAGACGAGGAAAGAAACAAGCUUUUGAGGCUUGAUGAUAAUCAGAUUCAGGUGAGGACGCGCUCUCAUUACAAAGAUUAUGAAUUCGACAUUAGCGACCUUUGGAUUCAAGACGACUUUCUCAAUACUGAGUUGUGCGCGCGUGAACCAGCAUCGUUUUGGCGGGAAAACAUUAUAGUAGUGGUAACUUUUCUGGGAAAAAAAGUACACUGAAACUUUCCGGGGUGAUUAAAACUAGGAGACCGAAUUACAAGAUUUGGAUUCAUUUGCAAAGAAGCGGACGUUUCUAGUUAUUGUCCUUCUUCUGAGUGUAUCUAAUAAAUAUUUUGUCGCUGUUCAACGGAGCAUCAGCUUGGCGCUAUUUUCUUUGUGAGAAUGAAACAAUUAUUUGUAAGUCAUUGAUUGUUGUUUUUUUUUUCAGGAUGUUGCCAGGUUCUGCAAUCGUUACCCCAACAUUGAAUUGUCAUUUGAAGUUCACGACAAAGAUAACAUCACUGCGUAAGUUGGCAGUUAGUAGUCUAAGAUAAGAAAUUUUAAUAAUGUCCUAAAAGGAAAAGAAAAAACAGUGACAAACCAGGAAAAGCAAACUAACAAGCAGUCAUUAACGGCCUCAGCUAAACCUCCGUAGCAACUCAGUGGAGACUCCUGCCAUCGGCUUAAAUCAAAUUGCUUAUGUAGUGGACAGCAGUUGGCGAAAAAAACACGAAUUGUUUAAAGUGUUAGUCACCAGUUACUAUCUCUGACUUGAUGUUGAUGGAUCUUUAUUUGUAGGGGCUCUCCUGUGAACGUUAUUGUGGACCUUGAUCGUGAAGAGGAGCAAUCAGGCCCUGUGAUUGCACCGUUCUUUCCUGGAAAGCGUGAGGAGGGCUGGUGGCUAGUGGUUGGUGACACUAAGAGCAACGGGUAAGAGACAGUGGUUACUGCUUUUUAUUGACCGGCGAAGGGGCUUUCCUCCAAUGAACGCCGCACAUAACGGCAUAGUUAUUGCAACCGUGAGGGUUCUUCACAAAAUUAAAAAAGGGAGAAAAAAUGCCGGAUUAAGAGUAGAUCAAAAGGCGCUCGCUCACUACAUCGCUUGCACGUAAGACACCCCUGAAGGUAUCCGGUAACCUUAUAAUUCGGAAACAGUCUUAUUCGGGGCGCACCUUUCAAGAUGGCCCCCUAAAUCUUGUCCAUGUGAGAAGUCAUUCGCCUUACUGAGUUGGCCGCUGCCGAAAGGAAGAAAGUAGUCACAUGUGAAGAUUCACCUAUAUGGUAUACAGAUCCACAAAUCAAAGAGAAUUUUUAACCAGAGUGCUUGUAAUUUGCUUCGUAGGCUAAUCUCCAUCAAGCGUUUGACACUCCAGCAAAAAGCCAAAGUCAAACUCGAUUUUGUGGCUCCGAGUUCACCCGGUACCUACUCCUACACACUGUUUUUCAUGUGUGAUACUUACAUGGGCUGCGAUCAGGAAUAUCCCUUCAAGAUCAGCGUAGGAGAGGCGGCAAGCGGAGAUGAAGAGAGCGGCGAUAGUGAAGCAGAUGAUUAAACAGCUCUGCGUCGGUUGGCAGUGCCGUUCAAUACGGAUAAAGAUCGGCCCAUGAUAGGCCAUUACUGAGUUCUAAAACCUUCAUAACCUUCUAUGUGAAAAGGAGAUUUAUUAUAUGUAUAGCAUGCAUUUCAUGUAUUGAACUUUGCAAAUAGGAUUCUCUAAGUGUUACAUUUCACAUCUGUCCCAAUCGGCCUCCUGUUUAGGUUUUUUCUCUGUCUGAAAUAUAUAAGCCGAAAAGCUCUAGAGUAGAAUCGUCAAACCAAACGUAGCUUAGCUCUUAAAAUGGUUCCGUGGAGCGCAUGUGAGAAAAAAGUUUUAUUAAAAAAAAAUCGUUUCCACCUCACGUUUUGUUACAAAAGGCCUAAGAAAUUAUUCGUUCGCUUUCCGAAGUUUUGCAACUCGCGAAUAAAUAUCCGUACGUCCCAGUUUCUGAGAACAGAAAACUGUUUUUGUAUCAAAGACUCUGCAUUCAGCAUCGUUAUCUAAAAGAGGCUAGAGAAAACUCGAAAAUGGCGUUUUCGUUUUAGCUUUCUGUUGGUAGGCGCUAGCCUGAGAUUACCGGUGUGCAGUCGUUAACUUGAUAAGACAGGUUUUAUUUCUCCGUGUAAGAUAGCAGGUGGUUGGUUAGAGGAAGCUUGAACAACAACAACAACAACAACAACAACAACAAGAGUAGCAGUAAUAAGAAGACCGUUCAUUUCCCCAUAUUGUAUUUUAAGCAGUUUCUAAGACUUAGCUUUAAUCAAGAAGAUUUCUUGCAUUGAAUAGUAGAAUCGCUGAGAAUAGUAGAAUAUCUGGCCUAAUCAGAGACUUUGUUUUUGUUCAGGUUUUAUUUAUGCACAUCAAAUACCACUUAUCCAUGUUAACGUAAGACGAACAAAUUUCGCCACCAAGCUUCGUUUUGAAACUUUAAAUUUGCCAUGAUUCCUAGGCAAAUUCUCAAGGCAGUAGAGUUAAAAGGAUGUCCACGUACAGAGUGCAAAUGCGAAGAAUGAAGCUUGGCGGUGGUAUUUGCUCGUCUGACGUGGAAUAAGAGCUGUGCUAUCACUUAACGCCAUCUCGUUAAUAGGGGACGCCUUGAAGCUCGCAAAGUUGUUUAUAACCCAACCUGUCAUCUUUGCAGGCGCUUUAAGAUCGAUGGGAUUAAAGCAAUGUCAUGUGGUUUUUCAGUGGGGCAAACAAGUGAUAA